CAAAAUUCUGCAAUUUGAAAUACAACCGAGAGAAAGCACCAGAAGCAAAUGAUCACACGACUCACAAAUUCACACCCCUCGUUCUCUCAACAAGAGUCGGAGAAGCAAAAUCACUUCGAUCCAAUUCGAGGCUCCAAAUAAUCAUUUAAAUGGAAAGCGAAGGGACUUAUCAUAGGAAACGGAUGAAAUUAUCUAUGCCAGAGAAGGAAGGGGAUGCAGGAGAUGAAGCUGGUCUAGAGAUUGUUGAGAAAGAAAAUAUUGAGACAAACAUAAUGGGAGAGAUGGAAGUUAAAAUUGCCAACAUUCACGAGAAGAUAGAGAACUUCACUCAGCUGGUAUCUGAGCUUCUGGAAUCAGGGAAACUUAUGUUCAAGGAACUCAGCAAUGAAUUUGAAGAGAGGUUGAUUAUGAUACACAAGGAGCAAGUAGAAAAAUGGCAGGAGGAUAUCAAAGAACUGCAGUUUCUUGAUGCUUCAAAUGAGGAGGCUAAUAGCAUUCUUAUUAAUGCUCAAUGUUUACUCCAAAACCCUCGCAUUGAAUCUUGAAGGAGAUUCAAAGUUCAAUAGAGGGACUUUGUGGGGGGUGGGAGGAGGCAUGUCAUGUACUGUGUCCACUAAACCAGCUGCUAGUAUAGCAUAGUAAGUCCUAUGUAAAUUACAUUCUGGUUUUUGUCAGCUUCUACUUUUCUCUGACCCUUACACAGUAACUACUCAUUACAAUGAAAAUUCCUUACCCACACAGAAUUCUAAUUUCUCAUUUGUCAAAUCAUAUUUACAGACUGAACUCGAAUUCCUUUAGAAGUUUAGAGGGCCCUCCUUCAUUGACUGCAUGCAUAAAGAUAACACAAAUAGAGGCAAUGUCAAAUAGCAAUGUGCCAAUGUCCCCCUUCCCCUUUGCCUUAGUUGUGUCACUGCUGACAUGGGAACUCACUAUGACUAGCAUCACCCAUGUGCCUUUUGCAUGGAAAUUGCAGAAGACAUGCCAUGAUAUAUGGCUACCCUACCCAUGUCAGAAGCUUAAUUCUUCACAUGCCAAAGCUGACUUAGAGUUUAUAUCCUAUUCAUCUAAAUUCUCAUUUUCUUGACAAGCAAGUUGUAGCUAGUUGCAUGCAUGUGGUUGGUUCUUUAAAAUAAUCCAGUUACAUUUAUUUUAUGCUCUUUGUAUUGGCUUUUGCUCAGCUAAAUUCUUCUAUAAGUUUGUUUAUUGUUAAUUAUUAGUUAUUAAGUCAUUGUCAAUCAUUUAUUUCCCAACAAACUAAACGACCUUAUUAUAUUUUAUUGUAUGUUUGGCAAGUUGCACUUCAACUGUACUAUAACGUAUCCCGGCCCCUUAUUGACUUAUAGAACAAGUAAACGAAUCUCUUUUGGAGUUGAAUUUACAUGAAAUGUAUAAAUACAAAUUGAAACACAUCAAGGAUAUUGUCCGUUUUGAGCUUUAGGCUAUGAGCCUUCACGAAUUUGUUCUUCUGUGUUAUCGCCA